GCUGAAUCAGCACACAACAAAGAACUCAGCCGGCCGGCUUGAGUACGAGUUCGAGUAGUUAAAGCUAGAGAGGCAGGAAACAAAGCUAAGAGCGCCUCAUAUCAUAUCAGUACAGUACGAGUACAAGUACGAAUAGAGAAGGUGACCAUGUCUGAAGGUGACGGUGGCGGCUUUGGGUUCUCACUGGCCAGUCUUGGCAGUAAAGCAGGCUCUGCUGGAGCAAGACUAGGCAAGAAAGCUGCUCAAUCAGAGACUGGUCGCAGAGCAACAAAAGCUGCCGUUAAAGGAGCGUGUGAUGGUGUCCGUGACGAUAUGCUCAGCAAGUACUCUGAUCCUACACCUGCCACGCCCACUUCCCCAACACCCAAAGAAACGUCGAAACCGUCAAGUGGAGGACAAAAGAAGGAAGAGAAAAACAACGUCCCAGCUUGGGUUGAUAGUAAUAGUGAUAGUGAUAGCGAUGAAGGUAAAGUAAGGUCUUCCCAGGCACAGUCACAUCGCUACCACGAACCAAGACCACCGAAACCCUCACUAAAAGAUCGAUUCAAGCUCAACAUUGGUCGGUCUUCUAGUUCUAAAGAAGCUCCGCGUCCUCGUCCCAUUAUAAAGAAUCCGAGAGACCGAGUGUACAACAGUCGACUGGCCAAAGAGCCUGACUGGGACAAAUUGCCCAGAGUGCAAGCGUUGUACAACUUCAAAGCGGAGAUGAGAUGCGAUCUAGAGUUUCGUAAAGGUCAGGUGAUCAAGGUGAUUACUCGGACGGACUCAGUGGACGACUGGUGGGAGGGGAAAAUGGAGGACAGAGUGGGCAUCUUCCCAGCAAAUUACGUCAAAGCAAUGUUUUAGAGUAGAAGAGUAGAACUCUGUUUUAAUCUAUAAUUACCCUAUUUUUCAAUGUUUUUAUUGCCCUCUAUAGUUGAGGCCUAGCUUGUGAAGGAGGCUAGUCAAUACAAUGUACACUGUGAUAA